AUGGAUCUCGAAUUAAGUAAUCCUAGCGUAUAUCGCAGAAUUAGAAGUGUGGUUGGGUUUGGCGAUACUAGCGAGGUUGCAAUGAAGCAAACUAAUGGGUUACAUCCUCAAGCAGUUCCUAUACUGAUAGGACUUGCUGGAUUGAUUUUGCUAUUAGCUGGCGGUUAUUUGCUCUUAAAGAUACUAUCAGAUCGGGAAAUGGUGAAACCGACUCAUUAUACAAAUAAUAGACUCCAUUAUAGCCCAAUUCCGUUGUCACCAAUUAGCCAGCAACAACCCGUUUACACGUCACAACAUUCACCGCCAAAUCCUCUAUCUCCGAAUGUAAUGACAUUUUCUCUACCACCCCCCUCACAAUCCCCCGCUACAAUCAGCAGCUCAGCACCUAAUCUAGCUCCACUCCCAAGCCUCAAAGAUAGACUAGUUGGUUUGCCCAACGGCUACAACAUUUGUUAUAUGAACGCCGGCCUGCAGAUACUGUUUAGUAUACCAGAGCUUGAAGAGGUGAUGGAUAAUUACAUAAAGCCGAUCUUUAACGAUCCACAAACUAGAACGCUGCUCCAAGCCCAUCAGGAUAUUCGUGCGGAAGCUAUCCUGGACCAGCCGAUAGAAGAGGUAAAAGAGCGAAAACAGGCUGCGUUGGCGGAAGAGUUAGCCCGAUUUAAGGCUUUUAUAGAGCUGUUCAAUUACAUCAAAAAGGAACCCUAUAUCGAUCUCAAGAUUCUACGCUCGAAAUACUUACUUCCACUUGCCCAGGCUAUCAAUGUGGCUGAUAUAAAAGACAUAGGCGAUGCCAAAGAAGCACAGGAAAAGUUGAUAAAUCCAAUGAUCGAUUGCCUGAAUCUGCUAUCUAUCCCCCUACCCGGCCAUUCAAAAAUCGAUCUCAACCAAAAGGCCGCAGAAGCUACAGCGCAGCUAAAUCGUCUUUUCACAAUGACUUUGCAAGAGAUGCAGCCUAUACCUACCGAUGAUGGCAGCACUCUUUAUAUACCAACUGCAGUUCCAUAUGAUGCCCAAUUUUUCACGGGCUAUCCACCGGACCUUGUCCAACCGGCAGCUGCGACUCAAAAAGGUGGUAAGCCAAGUUCUAUUACAGAUUGUAUAGUCGAGAAACAGAAACUGGGAACCUGCAUUAUUAAACUGCCCGAAUAUUUGCGCAUUGAUCCUGUAUACUUUGAUGGGUAUGGUAGUGUAUACCAAAACUACAUCAAUGUUCCUCUCUCUAUUGCUGAGAAGGAUAUAGUCCUAAGCACGACCCCGGACGCCGUGCGAACAGAUGCCACGUAUGAACUAACUUCCUUUGUCGAGUACCAGGAGUACGGGGAUAUUGGUCAUUUUGUGGCAUAUACUAAGAAGCAUGGCAUGUGGUAUCAAAUCAACGACAAUAGCAUUCUAGAGUGUGGCCCUGAUAUAACUAAACAUCCGCUAAUAAAGCCAUACCACGUGCGCACCCACAAUCCCGAUGGGAAUCGCAUCAAUAGUCUUAUCUACAAGCGAGUUACCCAGCCCGAAUCAGAGCUCAACACAAGCCCAGAGCUCACUAAACCGGCAUUGGAGACCCCUACUGGCCGCCGAAACACACAGUAG